GACGAAGGUGGGGAAGAUAAAGCUGCUGAUGAGGAAAAAACAGUGCAAGGACAAAAAAAGAAGAAGAAAGAAAAGAAAGAGAAAAGUGAGAAUGGUGAAGGAGAAGAAGAAAAAUGUAAGGACAAGGAAAAGAAGAACCCUGCAGAUAAGAAGGAUCCUUCAAAACUUCAGGCAAAGCUUGAAAAACUAGAUUCCAAGAUCCAGGCCCUCCAGGCUAAGAAAGAGGAGAUCCUCAAACUGCUUGAAGAAGCCAAACAAGGUGCAGAAAACCCAACCCAGUGAAUCUGCUCUUCGCAUCAAUCAAUGUACAUUAUACAAGUCUAGGCAUUU